CUGGCUAGAACAUGGCAUCAUCGUCGGACCCUACAUUGAUUUCUGAUUAGUUGUAGACUGAGCCAGUACAACUAUCUUCAGUACAAGUAGUUGCGAAUGUACAGGAUCAGCGUACUUAGACUUACCUACCAUGAGGAUACACAUCUUCAAAGAGAAAUACUUGUAGUUGUACGAGAGGAACAACAGAAGCAGGAAGAUGAAUUCAGCUCGUCUCAGCGAACAAAACAUCCGAAUAUGCUGUCGGAUUCGUCCAGUCAUGAUCGGCCCAGAGGAGAAGGGGGCGGGCGUCGUGGUAGAAAAAGAAGACGACAAGCACCUUGCGCUUUACGAUCCGCGACACAAAGGUACACGCCUAGAUUCAGCUCUGUAGCUGAUAACAACACUAUCGUCCUCUUGUCGAUUAACAGGGCAUUGCCUAUCAAAGAGGAACCAAGAUGACCAAGAUCUUUAGUCUUUCGUGGACGCGGUUUCUUCACCAUAUUUCUAUACGUUCUAGUGUUUUCACGUUUUCAUAUAGGUACGGAUCGACGAUUCCAGUUCGACCGAGUGUAUAUGCAAGAGGAUACGUUGGAGAUUUUCGAGGCGGAAAUUGGGUCUCAUGUCAGUCGGCUUUUCGACGGCCACUGUUUGACCGUUUUUGCGCAUGGAGCUUCCGGCAGCGGAAAGACUUUCACGAUGGAAGGCGCUGGAGCUGAAAACUCACCGGACAACUGUGCGUUGGGACUCACUCCUCUGAGCGUGGAAAUGAUCUUCCGCUGUAUGGAUGGAGACCUGCCAGGCACUGAGAAAACCAAGAGGCGCGAGGACUACGAAGUGAGAUUCUCACUGUAUUGUACUCAUUUUUAAAACGCUGGAGUUGAGGGAGAAAAUUGGGUGGCCUCACUUCACUACGCGUACGUCUUCCUCUCAAGAGUAGAAAAGGUGAACCAUGAUUGAAGUUGUCUCGCACUACAGCUGCACCAUCGAUUAUCCAGCAUCGAUUAUGAUGGAAGUGAAUGUCGCAAACUAGACGCGCGCUGAAUUUUGACUCACUCCAGAGAAACCGGAUAUCUCUGUUGAUUCUCAGUCACAACUUUGAAUUCUAUCACCAAUUUCUAGGUAUGAGAUUUAUUGCGAGAAAGUUCGUGAUCUGCUUCGAGACACAAAGGAUGGAGACGAUCGCAAGUACGACGUGGGAGACCUGCCGAUCCAGAAGGAUUUGGCUGGGUUUGAGAUGAUCCCGGAUCUCGUAGAAGUUCCGAUUUCAAGUGUGGAUGAGUUUUGGGAGUUAUACCAACGCCGCAUUCUUUUGCGCAAGAAGGGCCGGACGCUGCUGAACGAAGAGAGUUCUCGCUCGCACGCAUUUUGCGUCGUGAAAGUGGUGAAAAAAGGGACCGGAGGUGGAGAUGAAAACUUUGCGAAACUCGGACGAAAUGCGCGGGGCGGAAGCUCGAUGACCUUCCACGAGCGGCCGAGGCCACCACAAACGGGACGGCUUUUUCUAGUGGAUUUGGCGGGAUGCGAAGACAACCGCAUGAGCGGCAACUCGGGUGUGCGGAUGCUGGAAUCACAAGCGAUCAAUGACACCUACUUGGCCCUGGUCAAGGUAUUUCACGCGUUGAAGCGGAGACAAGCACUCUCGGCAUUUUGUCGCGACGCGAAACUCACAAGGCUGCUACGCGGCGCGCUGGAGUGCAAAAGCAGUCCCUGUCUCGUCAUGAUCACGGUUCAAUUAUACAACGAGUUUUUUUCGCUGGUGUUGACUAGUCAACCCGCAAAGAAGACAAACAAAGUAACCCUUUUCCGAGGUACAGCCAUCAGUAACAAGAAUUACUUAAAAUAUUACAGCCAAAUGCUAAUAGUUUUAGUAAAUUGUUAGCCUUAAUAAAUUCCUCUCGUCAAGUUGUGAACACGUUUUCUGCUUCACUUCUAUGAAGUUCAGGUUUCUCCUUCACGCUUCCGUUUUCAAGCAACGUUGAACACGUUUUCUUAUCUGCAGUUGAAUGGUGUUCCACUCGACGGCGAUAGUGUGUGCAACGUGUCCGCGGAGGUGGAGAGCAGUGAGCCAGCAGAUCGCAGAGGGGCGCUGAAGCGCAACAUUAGUUUUGCAAACCCAACGACGGCCCAGCGACGAUUGCUGGAGCUACCGGUCGGCAACGGAGGUGGGAGUGGAGGAGGUGGUGGAUCGGCAAGUGCGCGCAACACUCCGAGACGGCUUAAGCCACCCGGCGCAGCUGUAGAAGGCGUCAAGACCAGACCAAGACCAGCGUCGAGCUGCGGCGACGCGAGCUCGCGGCACCGAAGCGGCGCAGUGGCUGCUUUCGGCGCAGGACCCAAUGGAGGUGUCGGAGAGCCUCAUGGCACGAACGUCGCACGGCCAAAGACAAGUGGGGCGGCGCUUAGCAGCACGAACCUGGGACGCAUGCGCGGUGGGAGGAGCGAGAAUAUGCCUCGAAUGCGCUCUCCGCGACCGCGCAGUCAUCGGGCGCCCCCAGGCAGACCUCCGGACCUUCCCUCUUCCAAAAAGAACGGCAAUAGUGCAGCGCCCAGAGCAGCAGGAACACGAGUUAGGGGCGCAGGAGGUGGUGGAACAGCAGAAGAUGGAAAUAAGGUUGACCAAGACGCUUCGUUCUCGUACAGCCAAGGGGGGGACGACUCUUUUCACUGGGGCCAUGGCGACGAAUCUUUUCAUAGUAACGAAGGUGCGGGAAAGGCGACCGCCUCGAACGACGUCUCGCGGGACGAAGAGAACCCCGCAGAGUUGGACGAGGACUGGACGACGGCCCAGGCGUUGCAGGUGGAUGAGUACGAGGCUUUCAAUUGCAUCGGCGACGAGGCCCCGGACGAGGAUCCGAAGUCGAGGGCGAAGGCUGCGGCAGCCCCGACUACAGUUGGAGGCGUUACUUCAGGAGGGGGCGCAGCGUCUUCUUCAGCAGGGCGAAAGCCUGAUGCUCAUACUAGACACGAGAGCGAGCGACGAAAAGAAUUGAAUAGUGAUUCAAAAGUGGCGGCUGGAACGCCUGGCUUUGGGGUGAACGACUUGGCGGUGGGAGCAUCUCUUUCUUCGUCACCGCUCGUUGACAUAGAACCGCCAUCGCAAAAAGUCGCGCUCGCGCCACCAGAAAAUCUACUGCAGCAAAGAGAUGAAAAUGUCGAUGAGAACGUCGAAGUGAGACGAAGUUCAGCGUCGGCAUCCUUUAGUAAGAGCAAGCACCAAGAGCCACCAAGCUUUGCUCCCGGUGGCGAUGGUGCAUUUCUGGAUGGCGAUCCUGACACCCCAGGAGGUGAGAGCAACUCUGCGUGGCAGAACACACAGAACUGGUCGAUGGUGAAUCUAGUCUCCUCGCGGCCAUCCACAAGGGGGUCCGACUACUUUGCCGCAAUACCGCCAGGCGAAAUUCUCCCGGCUCCAAAUAGUCCAGUCCGAGAGUUUCGUGAUUUUGUAGAGGAACAGGAACAUUUUGGCGGGAACACCUCAUCAUCGACAGCUGAGGAAAAGAAACACGAUCCACUAUCCGCGCAAGGAGGCUCUACUAGGUCCGGGACCAGUUCGGACGGAAGAAGCCGCGAUCUAGCUAGUGCGCCUGCAGAGGCAGCAGCACAGGCAUCGGAAAUAGCUCUUGGCAAAGAGGGUACUGCUGCAAAACCUAUUCGAAGCGGGCGUGACGAGCGAAAGAAAGUCGCGCCGCAGUCGCCUCGUGUCCAAAAAUUUUUGGAGCAGCCCGACGCCCGCAGCGCAGAUUUCGCCACCCGAGUACGAGCUGAGGAAUCACUGGCGCAACCAUCCGCCCAUGUCGAGGAUCCAGACACGAUCGACAACAAUAGCUCGGUCCGAAGCUCGGAAGCAUAUUCAGAUAGAUACGGCACUCGUGGUUUAAUGGUUCAAAUCUUGUAUGAUCAUGCAAUGAUUCACCAGCUUAAAUGUUUAAUGGGAAAUACGACUGUGCGCUUUUUGCAAGGAGACUUUUAUGUACUAUGUAGCAUUAGACUUCUGCGAAACGAGGAGAUCUUCUUUCUUCAUUUAUGAGAAGCCGAUGCGGGCUACAGCGUUUGUCGGCAGGAAGAUACAUCGAAGGAGACGUGCGCAACAGAUGUCGGCGCGGACGGAACAUCAUCGUCCGCGGAAAUGGCAGAGCCUGACUGGCGCAAGCAGGUGGCGCAGGUGGAACAGAACGUCUCUGAGAUCAGGAAGCAGCUAGAAAGUCGCGAUCAAGAAUCGAGGAGGGUGGAACCGGACGACCCGCAUGAGUCGGUCAGAGAUUCGCGACUAAAGCAGAUUCGACAUCGGCUCGAACAAAACACAAAAAUACGACCACCGAAGCAGCAAUAUAAAGCCUCGCAGGAGGUACUAGUGGUCAUUGACUCGCUUUAAUCUAUGAUGGUCUUUAUUUUUCAAUGGAGUAACGGAAGUAGCGAAUUGAACUCUUGAAGAUGUUCAUUUUUUGGGUGAAUAAAUAUAUAAAUAUCAUUUCUUCACCAGCACGUUCAUAUCGACUCCAGAAAAAUUGACCAUUGUGAUUAUGUAACUCGCUAUCACUAGAUUUUGAAUGGCAUGAAGAGCUGUCUGCGGCCGCCGACGACCGUGCGACGAGCAGCGGGUGGUAGCGAUCUGAGCACAACGAAAAUUGUGCGUGAUUAUUUUCAAUCCCAGGAACAGAUGGACCCUAGCAAGACUUGAAUUUAGUACUGGGACCGGACAUGACCUCCCGGACAAAGCAUGAGGGGAUAGAGGCUAAAUGUAAAUGAUUUUUUGUUAUAAAUACUCAAAACCUGCGAAUUAUAAAGUAGAUUGCUAGGGUGAAUAUUUACGAUAGCUGCAGAUGUUACUUGAUGGUCCUUUAUGUAGACAAAGCUCCGUCAUCUAGAUACUGCUGCUCGAUAUCACGGUUGACAAAGCUCAUUAUAAUCUGAAAGAAAAAGGCAAGUUUUCCAUUCUAUUUUGAUUUGGUUAGCACCCUUGUUACGAAGUUUCAUAUGUUAUCGAGAUGUGAUCGUCAUCGACGACACUGUUUUCGCAUUCGUUAUAUUCAAGAGCAAACUUAGCUACUUACUUGUCUUGCUAUCAGACAAGCGGGAUACAUGGAUAUUUGUCGUAGCUGAAAGUCACUGGCGUUGCUGCUCGUGGGCAGCUUCCAAAAGGGAGGCUGCCUUCCUCCUUCGCAGCUUGCACCACGGGAGAAGAAAUGAAUACGAAUGUGCACCCUAGGGGCGCUCCAGCUGAAAU